AUGAAGGCAAUAGACGUACUCACUGAUCCUUGGGUCUUUAACGAAGGCAUCGUGCCGCCAGCUCGAGGCUCCUAUGGCCACCGUCCUAGCCAGGCAGCCAACGCAUACCCACGCCCAGGCUCCAUUUCGAUGGCCUCACAUGGCAGACAAUUCGGGGCCAAAAUGCCAGUCAGCCACAAGUUUGUUGUUUUGGAGCCACUUAUUAAAGAAUCCGACCAAGAGGCGAAAAGGUUGCGCUACCGCGAAGAACUGGAGGCCGAAGUGGAAUGUGUCAAUGGAAGAGGAAGAGAAGUUACCGCUUUUGAGGGUAAGUUGAUGGGCUUAGGCAGCUAA